GGUUCAAUUUUCUCCGCUCUUGAUACCUACCAGUUCGACCCAUCGACAAUAGACUGACCUUCGCCCUCUACGUCCAAAAAACUCGAGACUUCGACAAAGACCCGUCAGUCCAAUAUCCGAAUAACAAUUUCGAUCAAAAUACGUCAAGAUGGUUCUCGCAAUCGAUCUCCUCAACCCAUCCCCAGCUGCUGAGGCACGCAAGCACAAGCUCAAGCAACUUGUCCCAGCCCCAAGAUCCUUCUUCAUGGAUGUUAAGUGCCCAGGAUGUUUCACCAUCACCACCGUCUUCAGCCACGCCCAAACCGUUGUCAUCUGCGCUGGAUGCUCAACUGUUCUCUGCCAACCAACAGGUGGUAAGGCUCGUUUGACUGAGGGCUGCUCGUUCAGAAGAAAGUAGAUCAGAUAUAUUCUUGCUACUUUUCUUUUGGCUUCGUCUGUUCGGUUAAUGGCAAUGGCUCAAUGAGGGUUUAGACAUGGUUCUAGUUUUCGAUACGCAAUUUGAUGGAUAGAAGAUGGACCUCACCCAAAAUUCCUUGCGAAAGAUCGAUGCAACAAGCAGCAGAGGGGCGUUUGGGAAAAUCCGGAUAUCUUGCAUCAAAUCAAAAACGAUUCCCUCAUAAAAUUUGAUUUAUUUUCUUGUGUACGAGUCGUUUGUGAUAUGAUUGAUCGCGAACGUAAAAACCUCCAUUGGUGGAUAUGAAAGGCAGGAAAUGACGAUGCUACGAAUAUUCUACGAUGAUAGAACGACCUGGAGUUGCGAGAACUUGGAUUGUCUCUUGAGGGCCUCGACAUAUUCUCAAUGGAUAGGGAGCUUGUGCUAUAUCAAUCAACGAUGAUUUCACA